UACAAUGCAGGCCAGUGAGUUUGACUCAUCAGAUGAAGAGCCAGUUGAAAACGAACAGACUCCAUUUCAGGUAUCAUGGCUACCCUUAUCUCUUGUGAAUUGUUCUCAGUUUCUAGGUUUAUGUUCUCUUCCAGGUUGCAAAUUUAAAGAUGUUAGGAGAAAUCUCCAAAAGGACAUGGAAGAACUAAAGAACUAUGGUAUACAAGAUAUAUUUGUGUUCUGUACCAGAGAGCUGUCAAAAUACCGAGUACCAAACCUUUUAGAUUUCUAUCAGCAGCAUGGAAUCAUCAUUCACCACCAUCCUAUCCCAGAUGGGGAUACCCCUGACAUAGACCGAUGUUGUGGAAUCCUACAGGAGCUUGCAGUAUGUCUUGAAAAUAACCGGAAAACCUUAAUACAUUUGUUAGGAGGACUUGGGAGAUCUUGUCUUGCAGCUUGCCUCCUACUGUACUUAUCUGAUACAGUAUCACCACAGCAGGCAAUUGACAGCCUUCGAGAUUUAAGAGGAUCUGGGGCUAUACAGACCAUAAAGCAAUAUAAUUAUCUCCAUGAUUUUCGAGACAAACUGGCUGCACAUCUGUCAACAAGAGACUCAGUAUCAAGAUCAGUAUCUAGAUAAAGAACAACUAUCAAUUUAGUAUACAUCUUUUCUGUAAUUUUAUAGUUACCAGAAACUGUUACUACUGUAACCAAUUCAAAUGA